AUGGGCAAAGUAAUGCAGGUGGUUAGCUGUGAACCAGUGAAGAAGAUAAUAGAGCAUUUCCGAAUGUCGCCUUCAACUUUUGAAGAACUUUUGUCAUUUGUUUCCCCCGCUAUCAUUAAGCAACACACUGCGAUGCAAGACCCUGUUGGACCUAGCGAAAGAUUAUCAGUCACGUUGCGAUACCUAUUAGCAAAAUUAUUCCUGAACAUGCAAAUCUAUUUGGGACUUGCUGAUGGAAAAAAGUUUAUUGAACCACUGUCAACAGAGCAAGAAUGGAUAACAAUAUCUAAGGAGUUUGAGCUUAAGUGGAAUUUCCCUCAUGCUUUAGGAGCGCUUGAUGCACAAUAG